AUGCCAGGAUCAAGAGACGACGGCCAAGGAUAUCAGCAGUAUAACAGCGGAUACGGCAACAAUGAUUACGACUCAUAUGGUGGAAGAAGCAGCGGCGGCGGCGGUGGUGGUGGAUACAGAGAUCGUGGUUAUGGAAGACAAAACGACCGCUACAGCAACCAAGACAGAUACGAUAGCAAGCCUGCCGUCAAUGAGAGUGGUAUUCACAGAAUUGAAGACACUGUCUACAUCAGCAAUUUACCUCAAGAAGUAACCGAAGAGAAGCUUGCUGAACAUUUUGGCUCCAUUGGCAUCAUCAAAACUGACAAGAAAUUAAGAAAACCUAAAAUUUGGAUCUAUGUUGAUAAGACCACCAAUCUUCCCAAGGGCGAUGCCACUUUAACUUAUGACGAUCCCCCUUCUGCUGACGCCGCUAUUGAAUGGUUCGGUGGUAAAGAAUUUAUGGGAAAUGUGAUCCAAGUGACCAAAGCUGAAAGAAAGAUGAGCAUUCCUCCUGACAGAGGCUCUGGUGGUGGUUAUGAUCGUCGUGGUGGCGGCGGCGGCGGUGGAGGCAGAGGUGGUUUCCGCGAUCAACAUGGCGGUGGUGGAGGAAGAGGAGGAGGAGGCAUGGGCAACAGAGAACCCAGAGAAGGCGACUGGACUUGCGAUGGCUGUGGCGCCAACAAUUUUUCCAGAAGAGACGAGUGCUUCAAAUGCCAUGCGUCAAGACCUGGUGGAUCUGGUAACAGCGGUAGCCGAAGCAGCAGUAGCAGAGGCGAUAGAAGCAGCGGAUUUCGUGGUGGUAGUGAUCGUUCAGACAGCAGACGAGACCGCCAUGAUGACCGCUCAGACAGCAGACGUGAUUACAACAGUGGACGAGGCGGUCGUGAUGACUACCGUAAAGACAACAGACACGAGAGACGUGAUCGUCCUUACUAG